GUGGUGCCAGGCCAGGCCAGACUCUCCCGCUGUCCCGGGUCCUGGAGCUCUCCAGGCCGGGCACGUCUGUCACUGCUCUGAUCACUCUUCUGCCUGCCAGGCCACUGCUCAUCUUCUGUGUUCCCUCUGCCUGGGUGGUUUCUGAGUUUGAACAUGGUGCAGAAAUACCAGUCUCCUGUCCGGGUAUACAAGUAUCCAUUCGAGCUGGUCAUGGCGGCCUACGAGAAGCGCUUCCCCACCUGUCCACUUAUCCCAGUCUUUCUGGGUAGUGAAGUCCUGAGCGAGUGUCGAAGCGCAGAUGGGGCAGUGCACACCGUAGAGCGGAGCUGCAGGCUGCGAGUGGAUGCCCCACGGCUGCUGCGGAAGAUCGCUGGUGUGGAGCACGUGGUCUUCAUUCAGAGAAAUGUCCUGAACUGGAGAGAGAGAACGCUGCUUAUAGAUGCUCACAAUGAGACGUUUGCGAGCCGAGUGACGGUGAAGGAACACUGCCGCUACACGGUCCAUCCCGAGAAUGAAGACUGGACUUGCUUUGAACAGUCCGCCUCUCUGGAUGUCCGCUCUUUCUUUGGCUUUGAGAGCACCUUGGAGAAGAUCGCCAUGAAGCAGUACACUGCCAAUGUCAAGAGGGGGAAGGAGGUGAUUGAACACUAUCUGAGCGAGCUCAUUUCCCAGGGGGCAUCCCACAUUCCCCGCUGGACACCAGCCCCAGUCCGGGAGGCGGAUGUCCGCAGCCAGCUUGUGUGCCCGUGCCCUAGCUCCCUGGAGACCGAUGGCCCCAGUGAUGCCCCAGCCCCUGCUUCUGAGAUGGCUACGGCUGAUGGGGACAAGUUGGAUGCAGACUACAUUGAGAGGUGCCUGGGCCAUCUCAGUCCCAUGCAGGAGAGUUGCCUGGUCCAGCUUCGGCGCUGGUUACAGGAGACCCACAAAGGCAAGAUCCCCAAAGAUGAGCACAUCCUGCGCUUCUUGAGGGCUCGCGACUUCCACCUGGACAAGGCCCGGGAUAUGUUGUGCCAGUCCUUGAGCUGGCGGAAGCAGCACCAGGUGGAUCUCCUUCUGCAGACCUGGCGGCCCCCCGCCCCGCUGCAGGAGUUCUAUGCUGGAGGUUGGCACUACCAGGAUAUAGAUGGCCGCCCCCUCUACAUCCUGCGUCUGGGACAGAUGGACACCAAAGGCCUGAUGAAGGCAGUGGGAGAGGAAGCUUUGCUGCAGCAUGUUCUUUCUGUCAACGAGGAAGGACAGAAGAGAUGCGAAGGAAACACGAGACAAUUUGGCCGUCCCAUCAGCUCCUGGACCUGCUUGCUGGACCUAGAGGGCCUCAACAUGAGGCAUCUAUGGCGACCUGGGGUGAAAGCCCUGCUGAGGAUGAUCGAGGUGGUGGAGGACAAUUACCCCGAGACUCUGGGCAGGUUGCUCAUCGUGCGUGCGCCCCGUGUCUUCCCGGUGCUGUGGACGCUGGUCAGCCCCUUCAUCAACGAGAACACCAGGCGGAAGUUCCUCAUCUACAGUGGCAGCAAUUAUCAGGGCCCUGGCGGCCUAGUGGACUAUCUGGACAAGGACGUGAUCCCCGACUUCCUGGGAGGAGAGAGCGUGUGUAACGUUCCAGAAGGAGGGAUGGUCCCCAAGUCCCUCUAUCUGACAGAGGAGGAGCAGGAGCAGGCUGAUCAGCUACGGCAGUGGAGUGAGACCUACCAUUCAGCCAGCGUGCUUCGUGGAAGCCCCCAUGAGGUUGCCAUGGAGAUACCAGAAGGGGAGUCAGUCAUCACCUGGGACUUUGAUAUCCUCAGAGGGGAUGUGGUGUUCAGUCUGUAUCAUGCAAAACAGGCACCCAAGCUCAGUCCCCAGGAGCCUGGGGUUAGAGCCAGUGGACAGCUGAUCGACAAGAACUGGAUCCUGGGGGUGGAUUAUAGCCGAGUAGAGGCACCCCUUAUCUGCCGGGAAGGGCAGAGCAUUCAGGGUUCCCAUGUUACUCAGUGGCCUGGCGUCUACCUGCUCCAGUGGCAGAUUCACAGUCCCCCCGAGAGUGUGGCCUGCAGUCUCCCGGGUGUGGAUGACGUCCUGACAGCUCUGCACAGCCCUGGCCCCAAGUGCAAGCUGCUAUACUACUGUGAAGUGCUAGCAUCUGAAGACUUCAGGGGCUCCAUGUCCAGCCUGGAAUCCUGUGCCAGCCGCUUCUCUCAGCUCAGCGCCACCACCACCUCCUCCUCCUCUGGCCAGUCCCACAGUGGCUCGAUGGUGUCCAGAUAGCUGGCUGGGGACCUGCUGGCAGCCUGGGAGCUUCUGGCAUCAGGCAGUGUUGAGAACGAGAACGAAGCCCAUCUAGACACGCGGGACCCUGUUGGAUGCAGAUGGUGCGGUGCCACACCUAGGGUGUGGUGACUCCACGGCAGGGACCCAGCUCGCUACCCGUGUGCAGAGGGAGCUUCGCUUCAUGGCCUUUGAGGGGACAAAGGCAGACAGACCUUUUAUUUCUGACUUUCUUUUAAAAGCCGAGACCUCCUGGAUGCUCUACCUCCUGUCCCCUGGAGUUUAGGAUGGGACCAGGGCUGGGGUUCCUCUCACCACGUGCUGUGGCUUCCUCCUCAGGGAGGCCUAUUCUACCACAGGAUCAUCACUGUUUGGUGCCAGGAAAGUGCACAAGGGAAUGUCUCUUCCCAAAGUUCCAGGCCAUUCAGAAGCUCUCCUCAGCCUGCUGGGGCCUGGGUCCAUUCUGAACCAAUCACAGUUGCAGGGAGAGUGAAGGAGCACGUGACUGCCGGCAGGGUCAUGUGUCUAAUCUGGACCAAUCACUGUGAUUUGGGUGCAGUGUAGUGAUUGGCCAGCUUGGAUUAUGGGCCAUUUCUGGGGCCAAUCACGUGGUCUGGAAAGGGCAAAGUAGGUAGAAGGACUACUGGGGGAUGGGUGACUGGGUAGAUGGUCACCUUAGAAUUCUUUAUUUAGCUGUUUGUGACUGAGCACUGUCCAAGGAGCUAUGAUGGAGAGUCAGGACUCUGCUAUGGACUGUAGUUCCGUUUUCUCCUUUGUGGAGCACUCAACCUUGACCACCCCUGACUUGAGGAACAUCUGGAAGCCCAGGGCUUCUGUCCAGUUCCAGGCAGUGAUGGGCUGAUGGGGGUGACUCCAGACAUUCUUGUCUCCCUCCAGAGGUCUCUUGCUGAGCCGCUGCUCCCUUAAGCCCCCCCCCCCCUUUUUUUUUUUUAAACUAAAAACUCUUAUCUCUGAGAGGCGGGCAUUCCUGGUCAGUCCAGGAGAACUUAGUUCUGGGGUGAUUGGAAUCAGAGACUCAAUGUGAUAUGCUGGGGUGGAGAUGGUGUCUCUACCCUGGAGUUGCUCUGACUCAGGGACUUUCUCCAAGGCUGACAUGACUUUCCCAAACGCCCCAUGGGAGAGUAGUGGGCCUUCUUGGAGACCAAGGACUUAUCUCUCUUCAUUUCCUGGAUCCACAAAAGGUGAGAAGUCACUGUUUGGUGACUUUUGGCCAGUUUCAGCCUUCCUUUGGCGUUUUGCCUAGACAGUGGUUUAAAACCUGAGGCAUACAUAGCAUGUAGAAAUCAGGAUUUCUGGUUUUCCUUAGCCUGCACUGGUCUCCGCCCCUACCAACCAGCACGAAAAUGACCUUCGUUAUUUUGAUUACUAUUAUUAUUAUUGUUAAUUAUUUGCUGCUGCAGUGCUGAGGCUCAAACCCAGGCCUUGUUCAUCUAGGCAAUCACUACCACUGAGCCACACUCGAGGCCCGUUUCUGUGGUGAUUGUUUUUGGUUUUGUUUUGACUGGUUUCAUGUAUCCUGACCUUGAACUCUAAGUAAGGCUAAGGAUGACCUUAAGCUCCUGAUCCUUCCGCUUCUGCCUCUAAAAUUUCGAGAUCUCUCAUGUGUGCCAGCAUACCUAUCAUAUGCAGUGCUGGUUCCGUUCAUGCUGGGUGAGCAUUCUAUCACCACACCUCAUUUGCAGCCCAUCUCCGCUACCUUUAAAUGUUCUUCUAAUCUGACUCUCAAACCACAGCUUGACUCUAGAAGUGCUCUGGGGAGAAGCUGUCUGGUGGCCUCUGCGUAUUUGUCCUCCAGACACUUUGAAGAACAGAGUGCAACAGGUUCCCUGAGGGUCUUUCUCUCUCUCACCACCCCCAGCUAACACCAUUUCAUCAAGGGGAAGGUCUUGGUCCUUAUUUGGGGUGGCAGAAAGGGGUCUUGCUGCAGGUAUGGCUGGCCUCAGCAGGGUUCUCAGCUGCACUCAGGUCUCUUGAUUCAACAUCUCUUCGCACACUUGCCUCAUGCCCUCUCCCUGCUGAGAGGCUGUAACAGCAUCUCCAGAACUACUCACAGGGUCCCAGACUCUAAGGGAAAGAUGACCCGAACUACAGUCUCCUAAAACCUUCUGACUGGCCCCGCUCAAAGCACUUCCCAGCAAGGUCUGGGAAGUAAGAAGUCCUUCUGGAAGAGUUCUGGGUCAUAACAGGAACAGAUGCCUGUGGUGGCAUUCACCGUUGGCACUUGGGAAAGCCAGCAACUAAAACUAGCCCAAGGGUGCCGGGGAGAUGAUUCAGGUGGUGAAAUGGCUGUGGCACAAACAUGACAGUCCGAGUUUGACUCCCCAGAAGCCAUGUAAAAAGCCAGAUGCAGCGAUGCACCCUGUAAUCUCAGUGCUGGGUGGAGACAGGAGGAUGCCUGGAGCUCACCGACUGGUAUAGUUGAACUGGUGAGCUCCAGGUUCAAUGAGAGACCCCGUCUCAGAAAACUAAACUAGAGAGCAAAUGAAGCCACUCAUCAUUAAUCUUUGGCCUCACAGCAAUAUGACUGUAGUCUUGAGACCCCAGCCUUUCUUUUACUAGCUGUGAAACCUUGUGUAGGUGACUUGACUUCUCUGUGCCUCAGUUUCCUCAUCUGUAAAAUGGGGACAGCAGUGCCUACCUCACCAGGUGACAGUGGGACAAGGGAGCACUGGAAAGGCCUCCACAUACAGAAAGCACUCAGGGAGAGCACUGUUGGAAUCGGGGGCGUGCAAAGAGGCCAGUGCUUUUCUACCCUGGAAUCCCGUGACAUUUCCUUUAACUCUGAAAAACUAAUCAUUCUUCAAGAACCACGUCGUCCUUUUCAUUGAGCUGGAGAAACAGGUGUCUGCUCAAUUCUGAGAUCUGAAAGAAGCAUUAAACACUUUACCUUUGAA